AUGGAUGCCAAAAAAGCACGCGGACGAGAGCAACGAGGUCUACAGUUUCAGAAUGACUUCCUCGGUUGGGACGUCAGAGAGAGCCCGCAGUCUGUUCCGUCAAUGACUAGAUCCGCAAGAUCAUCCACAGAGCAUGAGUAUGCGUCGAAAAAUCCGAUCUUAGUUGAUCACCUGGAGCCACUUGACGUGGACAUACUGAAUCAGCGACAUGCCUUCGAUUUACCUUCGCAGGCUGUCUGCGAUGCGCUCGUGGAUGUGUUCUUCAAGUGGAUCGCACCAGUGUUGCCCGUGAUCGAUCGACACGACUUCAUACAUCGAUAUCGUAAUCCUCAGAACCCUCCGUCAAUCCUCUUAAUUCAAGCCGUACUCAUGGUAGCGUCGAGGUUCCACCAUAAUGGCCAGAGCUCUGGGAACGGCGUAAUCUCUCCGCGCGUCUUUUACAAGAAAGUGAAAGCUCUGUAUGAUGCAGGAUACGAAAGAGAUCCUACUACAGUCCUCCAGGCUGUAGUCUUAUUGGGCGUGUACUGGGAUGGCCCCGAUGAUCUCACGGAAAGUGGGAUAUUCUAUUGGAGUCGUCUGGGAAUAGCUUUGGCUCAGGAACACGGGCUUCACCAGAGUGAGAACUACGUAACACUGUCUGCUACGAAGAGAAGGAUCUGGAAGCGGAUAUGGUGGACUCUUUACACGCGCGAUCGCUCGGUGGCUGCAGCAUUCGGCCGUCCUCUUCACAUCAAUUCCGAAGAUUGCACGGUUGAACCUUUGAAAGAAAGCGACUUUAUUGAGUAUGAUGAGCAAAAUGAUAGCUCAACAGAUCGUACAGCAGCUCUUUUCUUCAUGCAGUACGUGAAACUCUGCCAACUAAUGGACCUUGGUCUGUGCUUGAAGCUGUCGUCCAGGUCGACAGAGGAUAGUCGGAUGAAGGGGGCUGCGCAAUGUGAGCUUGGUCUGAAUGACUGGCUCGUCUCUUGUCCGUCCGAGCUUCAGUGGAGACAGUCUCGUCAUAGUUUUUGGUCUGCAUUACUGUGUUCGACCUUCUAUACCAUUGUGUGCCAGUUACAUCUUCUUCAAUCUCCCGACUCGUCAAAUGAGGCGCAAAGCUCAGCUUUUCAUGCUGCCACGAGUAUCGUGUCCAUCCUGGAAACCCUACAGUCCAAGGGCGAGCUAACGUACACGCCAUCAUUCAUAAUCUGCCACGCCGUUGUAUCUUUCGUCACACUGCGAAGCCAAAUGGAAGCCUCAAUACCGUCACUCCUGCAUGCCAUCCGACAGAAUCUGGAAGCCAACCUAGACAUGCUCCAAGUACUUUCUCAUACAUGGCCCAUUGCGGCAAUAUUUCUAGAGCUCUUUCGCACUAUGACUGGCCUGGAACAGUUUGAGCGAACUUUAUCAGUCGCAGUAGAGAAGUGCGGGAAACGUGCACGAGGGGACGAGAACGACAGUUCCACUCCCCUAAGAUCUUCGACGCGUUUCAAAAGGCCUAAAUUACAGCAAGUCAUUCUACCACAAACUAGGGUCGUCCUUCAGAUUUUGCAGAGGGAAACUCAGAAGCAAUUUAGCUCCCAAGGCCCACUCCACAACAAGUUGAAUGCAAGGGUUGAAAGUAUGCCAUCUGGCGUCAUUCCAGAUCAGAACCGUUCUACACCUAUGACCGAGGUUGACCCGCUGCUUGAUGACUGUGACGCUUCAGCUGUAUUACGGAGCUUACGGAGAAUAAUCGACGCUGGUAAUUGCGCUCCCCCUGAUUCUCGAUCAGACGACGUAUCAUGA